AUGCAGGCUCCAGCUGGGGCUGGUGGAAUUCGGCAAUUGCUCUUGAAGGUCAUUGUGUCUGCUGUGGCAUUGGUGCUCGCCCUGGUGGUGAUAUCACUGUCUGUGGGCUCGUCCCUUCCUGGGGCAUCGCUACGUGCAUACCUCACUACCGGGGCUCGCGGUGGGAGCAAGAAUGAUGCUGCUGCUGAUUUUCUGUUAUCAACGCGGGUGUUUCAGGGUGACCAGGAACCCUUGCCUGGUACCGUGAAUUCAAGUGAAGCGUCUUUGGGUACAAGAGAGGAUGAUCGCAAUAUGUCGGUACCAGUUGCUACAGGUGAUACUGAUACCACACCAAAACUUGAUGAGGGAACUACACUUGACUCGUCGAAAUCAUCAAGUGAUUUUCAAAGGGCUGUUCGAGUUGAGGUGUUAGUAUGUUCCACUGGUACCUGUGAUCUAUAUCGUGGGGAAUGGUUCUUUGAUUCUUCGGGGCCACUCUACACAAACAACUCUUGUCCCUUGAUUACAAAGACUCAGAAUUGCCAGGCAAAUGGGCGACCCGACAAGGGAUAUGAGAAUUGGAGAUGGAAACCUGAAAAAUGCAUUCUCCCACGCUUUGAUGCGAGGAAGUUCUUGGAGUUGAUGAGAGGCAAGACACUUGCCUUUGUUGGGGAUUCAGUUGCUCGAAAUCAGAUGGAGUCGCUCCUUUGUAUCCUCUGGCAGGUUGACACCCCAGUAAACAAUGGCACAAAAAGAAUGCAGAAGUGGAUCUUUAGGUCAACGUCAACAAGUAUAAUCCGCAUCUGGUCGUCUUGGUUAGUACACAGGUCAGUUGAAGCAGUGGAGUUUGCUCCCCAAGGUCUUGACAAGGUUUUCCUGGAUAUGCCAGAUGAGACCUUCAUGGAACUUCUCCCGAGUUUUGAUGUGCUUGUCCUCUCCUCUGGGCAUUGGUUUGCAAAGCGAUCAGCCUAUAUCCUGAAUGGCAAUGUUGUUGGAGGACAGCUCUGGUGGCCGCGUGAAGCUGGGAAUAUGCAAAUGAACAACGUUGACGGUUUCGCUGUAUCUGUUGAGACUUGCCUAACUGCUGUGGCAAUGAACCCGAAUUUCAAAGGUAUAGCUGUUCUACGCACAUACUCACCAGAUCAUUAUGAAGGUGGGGCAUGGAACACAAAUGGGUCAUGCACUGGGAAGGUUAAGCCCUUGGAUGAGGCGGUGAGGAAUGGAUUCACGAACACAAUGUAUGAAAAGCAAGUUGCAGGCUUCAAAAAGGCUGUCCAAAAUUCUGGGGAACACGGUUCCAAGUUGAAAUUGAUGGACAUCACUGAACCUUUUGCCUCGAGUGUCGAUGGGCAUCCUGGUCCAUACCGAAGUGCCGACCCAAACAAGAAGACUCAGAGAGGGCCAGAUGGAAGGCCUCCACCCCAAGACUGUCUACAUUGGUGCAUGCCAGGACCUGUAGAUACAUGGAAUGAGAUGCUGUUUGAGACCAUAAAAAGAGAACUUGCUGGUUAGGCAAUGAGAAAAAAAAAGUCUUGCUGGAUACUUGCCAACUGCCACCACCUAGCGUCCCACAAUAUUGCUAAGCUAAACCUUGGUGUACAUGUGUGGUGUACUUGUUUUACCACAGAUAGGAAGAACCACAGUAGCUUCAGACCGCAGAGUUCUGAUAGGAAGCUGUUUUUUUUUUCCUUUUUAGGUCCCAAACCCUUCAGAACAGGGAUAUAAAUUAUUGAGCAGUUGAUCUGUACCUUGUAAAGUUGGUUGUACUUUUUGGCUGAAACAUUGUUUGCCAUAUGCCAUCUUGCCAAAUUUUGUGCAAAUGAAAACCCUAUGGAACACUACUAUAUUGUAACUAGA